AUGCAUGCUAUAACAGCCUUGACAGGCAUGAUUUUAACACUUCUUAUCAUCCCUGUGGCCUUCCCUGUGGCUAAGUGGCAGAGUGCGGGGCUUGUAAACUUUUUCCCCAAUUUAUUAUCGCAUGUCUUGUUUGUUGAACAGAUAACGGUGGUGGUGGCACUCUCGAUAGCCACUUGCCUUGCUGCUACACCUCAAACAAAGUCCAGCUCAUCAAAAUACCUUUCUUCCUCCAAAAAGCCAGCUAACACAGAGGCCAAGUUCCCGAUACCAGUCAAAGCACCUGCUAAAGCCCACUCGCAGCUUCUCAAGGAUUCUCCCAGAAGAGGACCUAUCGGCGCAUGGACAUCCAAUGCAUUUGGGAACCUACAUAACAACGGAAAUAACGCAUUCACGAGCCUGGGAGGACGACCGGGGCUUUCCAGGCCCCGGCCAUCCUUCAGCAGCCUUGUUAGUAACCUUCGGCCUAGCCAUAAACCGAAUAAAUUCUUCAGCUCCGGUUCGGGAUCGUAUGCCGGCUCAAGCGGGGGGUCCAACUCGAAUGGUGGAGGCUCCUUUGGCAGUAGCUUAUACCCGCACACGGUUGGGUCUGGCGGCUCGAGUGGCUCCGGUUACGGAUCCGGUUCUGGUCUCGCCGGAUCGAAUUCAAAUUUUGGUGGAUCUAGUGCCAAUUUCGGUGGAUCAAGUUCCAAUUUUGGAGCCUCGAGUACCCAUUUCGGUAAUUCAGGUUCCAGUUAUGGAGCCGGCGGUGCCGGUGAAGGUGCCGGGAAUCUAGAAACUAAUUCACUCGGUGGAAGCAGCAGCUCCAGUGCUGGCGGUCUCGGCGGAGAGAGUGGUGGGAGCUACGGAGGAGGCACCGGUGGUGGCAAUCAAGUUGGAGGUCAUGGAAGCUUCGGAGGAGGUGCUGGAAGUCAUGGAAGCUUCGGAGGAGGUGCUGGAAGUCAUGGAAGCUUCGGAGGAAGUGCCGGAGGCCAUGGUAGCUUUGGCGGCAAUAGUGGAAAUCAUGGCAGCUUUGGUGGCAAUGGCGGAAGUCACGGCGGUUUUGGUGGCGGCGCAGGGAAUCAGGGUGGUUUCGGUGGAGGUGGCAACCAAGGUGGAUUUGGUGGAAAUGGUGGGGGCUUUGGUUAUGGGCACGGUCAUGGUCACGGAGGUGGACUCGGGCAUGGUGGUAUUUUCGGCCACGGGGGUGGUCAUGGGAGUUUUGGUGGUAAUUUGUUUGGUGGGGGCAGUUUUGGCGCAGCAGGAGGUGCUUUCGGAAACGGCGGUGGAUAUGGAAAUGGUGAAGGUUUCGGGGGAGGAAGCGGAUCGGGUGGUUUUGGAGGCAAUGGAUAUGGGGGUAGAUAAUAUUUCUAAUUUUAUCCCCAACCCCCUUUUUUCAAUCCAGUGUCAAAAGCCGCAGGAACGGGAGACUCAACUUGAGAGUAUUGGAAGAUGCCUUAUUGCAGAUAAAACAAAAAUAUUACAGCAACUAAGUAUAUACUACUGAUAUAUACUAUAUAUAUAUAUAUAACAAAGGGUACGACGGGUUUUAUACUGGGUGGGCCAAAAGUAACUGAGAAGUGUCUCUAACUUUUGAACAAAAAGAGAUAUAGGGUUCCGGUUUGGACCAUUGCUCAUUGUGGCAAGGGGCCUAUUGAGGGGCCCCUAAAGGAGCCCUAUGGAAGGCAACUCGAGAUUUUCAAAUGGCAACCUCCCCCCCCCCUUUGUGAUACAUCGAUAGAAAGAGGAUAAAAAAAACAAGAAUGUUCGCGCAAACCGAAGAUCAAUCCGACUUUUCGUUCCCGCGUUAUUCAAUUUCAAAGUUUAACCGGGACCAAUUUUCAAAAAUUGAUAAGUCCUAUUCGAAAAGUCGCAAAGAGGCCGCCAAUGAGUUAAAAUUCGUAGCAUUACAGCCGCAGCCGCAGCAAUCGAUGGCAUGACUCUGAGCGCGCUUUGAAACGGGGUAAACGACGCCGAUAAUAUAAAAUUUUCAGGCGGCGAGCCUCCCCCACCCUCCCCACGCGAACUGAUGAGAAGCACAUCCUCCGAUAACUUAGCUAUAAAUGAAAUAGUAGUGCUACGAAUUUUAAGCCAUUGACGGCCUCUUUGCGACUUUUCUAACAGGACUUAUCAUAUUUUGAAAAUUGGUCCAAAUUGAACUUUAAUCGUGAAUAACUCGGGAACGAAAAGUCGGAUUGAUCUUCGGUUUGCGCGAACAUUCUUGUUUUUUUAUCCUCUUUCUAACGAUGUAUCACAAGGGGGGGGGGGUUGCCCCCUCCUUUGUGAUACAUCGAAUGCACAUUGCAUGCAACAAUGCAAGAAAUUGAUCCAUGACUUGUAGCAGCAUUAAAACUGAGUGGAAUGACAUCAAAUUUAUACGAGGUCUGCUAGAUAAGAAACCAGAUUUUGGUGAUAAAUAGCCCAUCGUGCGUCCGAAUAAGGGUUUCUUGGACUUGCCUGGUAGCUGAAAAUAUACCUACGCUACAUUCACAAAUUUGAAAAAAAAAAAAAAAAAAAAAAAAAAAAAAAAAAAAAAAA